AUGUUGCAUGGACACAGACCACCUAUGCCCUCCUUCCGCGCUUGCUUCAAGAGCAUCUUCAGAAUACACACAGAGACUGGCAACAUCUGGACACAUCUUCUUGGUUGUGUGUUCUUCCUAUGUCUGGGAAUCUUCUACAUGUUCCGGCCAAACAUGUCAUUUGUAGCACCUGUGCAGGAGAAGGUAGUUGUUGGAAUGUUCUUCUUGGGAGCCAUCCUUUGCCUCUCCUUCUCCUGGCUCUUUCACACGGUUUAUUGCCAUUCAGAAGGUGUCUCUCGGCUCUUCUCCAAGCUAGAUUACUCUGGCAUCGCACUUCUCAUCAUGGGCAGCUUUGUUCCAUGGCUGUACUACUCCUUCUAUUGCAACCCUCAGCCCUGCUUCAUCUACUUGAUCGUGAUUUGUGUCCUGGGCAUUGCAGCCAUAAUAGUCUCCCAGUGGGACAUGUUUGCAACCCCUGAGUACCGAGGGGUAAGAGCAGGAGUAUUUCUGGGUCUCGGCCUCAGUGGUGUCAUCCCCACCCUGCACUUUGUCAUCUCUGAGGGCCUUCUCAAGGCAGCCACAAUGGGGCAGAUAGGCUGGCUGGCACUCAUGGCCUGUCUGUACAUCACUGGUGCUGCGCUGUAUGCUGCCCGUAUACCAGAGAGAUUCUUCCCGGGCAAGUGUGAUAUCUGGUUCCACUCCCAUCAGCUGUUUCACAUCUUCGUAGUGGCCGGAGCUUUUGUGCACUUCCAUGGUGUUUCAAACCUUCAGGAGUUCCGUUUCACAGUUGGGGGAGGCUGCACGGAGGAGGGAGACAUGCAGUAAAACCUGCCUUCAGCCCAGGAUCAUAACCAAAACAGUGGACUGCAAAGAGGCGUUGAUGUUAACUGGCUAGUGACGCGAACACCUGAGAAUCCAAGCCUCAUGUAAUGGGAUAUGGAAGCUUCUUGGGAUUUCUGACACGAGAAAUUUAUACCUCAAACAAUGGAGUGAAUCAAUUUGAAGACCAGGAAAUUCUUAAACCCUAACUUAUUCUUGAUCUACAGAUUGAGCUACAGAGGACCGUUUCCAAAUCGGCUUCUGUUCAAUGCCAUAUUUAUUUGUAGAAAAUGGGAGGGAUGGCUUAGCAGUUUUCUUUUUUAAAUCUAGGCUAAGAUUUAUAUCUUCUUUAGGGGCAGGGGAAGGAGCUGAUUUUAGAUGCUCUUUUGG